GGCGGCGGCUGAGAGGGCGGCGGCGGGAGCGGAGCGGGACAAGGGAACGAGAGGAAGCGAGCGAGGAGCGAGCGGAGCGCGCCGAGCCCCGCCCGCCCUUCCGCCCGCCGGAGCAGCCGAAGCAGCCCGGGCCCCCAGCCGCCGCCGCCGCCGCCGCCGCCCGCCCGCCUGCCCACCCGCCGGACAAAGCCCGAGAGCCCGCGUCCAGAGCCAUGUCCUCGUCCGCCGGCAACGGCCACCAGCCCAGCCAGAGCCGCGCCAUCCCCACCCGCACCGUGCCCAUCAGCGACGCCGCGCAGCUACCUCAUGACUAUUGCACCACGCCCGGGGGGACGCUCUUCUCCACCACGCCGGGAGGAACUCGAAUCAUUUAUGAUCGAAAGUUUCUGUUGGAUCGUCGCAACUCUCCCAUGGCUCAGACCCCGCCCUGCCAUCUGCCCAAUAUCCCAGGAGUCACCAGCCCCGGCACCUUAAUUGAAGACUCCAAAAUAGAAGUAAACAAUUUGAACAACUUGAACAAUCAUGACAGGAAGCAUGCAGUUGGAGAUGAUGCUCAGUUUGAGAUGGACAUCUGACUGUCCUGCGAGGAUCAGAAGAAAAGCGGCAACACUGAGACAUGAGAAAACCAUGUUUCUGUACUUCUGGGGACAAUCCAUGUCGGUGAGAAAUGACCUUGUCCAAAUUCCAGCAGGAGACAUGCAUUGUCAUGAUUCUACCUCCUUCGUAGUGUGGUGCAUUAAGUUCACCACUUCCUCAUAUUCUGUUGAAAUAGCUAUUGUGUUCUCAAGACCACAGUGUAGAGAAGCUGGCUUCUAGCUAUUAGGCUUCCAAGCCAAGAGUUUUGUCCCUCCAUCUGCGUUAGUUAUCUAUUGCUGUUUAACACAUUACCCCAAAACUUAACAUCUUAAAAGAGCAAACAUUAUCUGUCAGUUUCUGUGGUUGGGACCUGGGAAGCAGCUUCACAUGAUGGGUCUGGCACAGGGUCAUAGGAAGUUGCAGUCAAGAUGUUAGUGGGGUCUGCAGUCACCUGGGGCUUGAGAAUCCACUUCUGAGCUUUCUUUGUGGCUGUUGGCAAAAUGCCUCAGUGUCUUUCUGUGUGGAUCUCUUUUUAGGGCAGCAUGAGUGUCCUCACAGCAUGGCAGCUGGCUCCCCCUGAGCAAGUGAUCCCAGAGAAAGAGGGCAAGGAGGAAUCUGCAGUGCCUUUUAUGACAGUCUCCGAAAGCACACGUCAUCACGCCUUCCUAUUCCGUUCCUUAGAAGCAAGCCACUAAGCCAGCCUACACUCAAGGGGAGGGGAGUUACACCCCACCUACUGCAUGGAGCGGUAUCCAAGAAUUUUGGGUGUACUUUAAAACCACCUCACCCCCAAUAGAGAAUGAAACCAGGUCAACAAGAGGGGGUAGGUUUAAAGUAGAUGAUAUACUGAGAGAGGUGUUGUUACUGAAAACAGUUCUCUUAAGAUGUGCAUCGACAAACAGAUGAAAAACGGAUUCUCUCCCCAUGGCUACUGCCAGUUUUAAGAGGGGAGGCAAGAAAUGGCAAUUCCCAGGAGAAUGUAUCUAUACAUUUGCCUGGUGUAUACUACCAGCAGCCCAAGGUUGCUUCUUUGUAAGUCCUUGGCUUGGUAUCUAAGACUCAAUACUGCUUGCUUGGUAUCUCCUUUAGCCAGGAAUUGACAAAGGGAAUUGGAUCCUUCUAUUUGAGCCACUCAAAUGGACUUAAUUGGAGUCAGGGCUGUUAAGCAAAGGGAGCAAACUUGAAUUACAUUUUGGGUUACUGGGCUGAGGAAAGCUAACCGUUCCGAUUCAGGGUGACAUAGCUGAGAGCAUCCGGAAGCCAGGUCCCCACCAGAGUCGAUGCUUGGCACCUGCUGUCACAAACUACACCAGCUGAAGCAGACUUGAGCCAGGUCUCUCACUCAAGAAGCCACUUCUCAAUAAGUAGGGAACAUCUGGGAAUUAGAAAUGUCUGUCUGUGCUUUAUUGUUCUUUAAAUCCACUGCAGGUUAACUCUGCGUGCCCACCUCAUCCUGGGCUUCCUGAUGGAAACGGGUUCUUAAAGAGAACCAGUGCUGUCUUCACCCUGAAGAAAAACUUAGAUGAAGCUUGUCAGUUCAACACGUGUUUAGUGAAUGUCUGCUUUGUGUUUCUGGCACCUGUGCCAAGUUUUUAGAGAUUUCAGGCAUCUUAAGGAUGCAAAUUCCUGUUUGGAUUUAUGCUCCAACUCUUCCCAGCAUUUUGUCUAUAGCCCUGCUUGCUUUAGAGUGUGCUUGAAUAAAAAGGCAUUGCUGCUGAGGCAGCUAUAAAAAACAGAAAGAAAAAGGUACUUCUUCCAGAAUUAACGAACUCAUCUUUAAAGCACCUUCAAAUGAAUUUUUUUCUGUCUGAUUUUGAGGUGGAGUCAAAAUAGGUGGUCUUUUAUUUUUGCUGUUUGGGUUACCAGCUCUUUGGGUCUGUCAGACCUUAGGGGUAUCAUGUAUCUUGGCUGCUUGAAGCCUGGGCCCUCAGCCCUUUACAUUCCCCUCCAGAAGGGAGGCCCGGUGCUUUUCUCUCUGGGUCAAAACUUCCCCUUAUCAUGUUUCUGGACUACAUGAUAAGGGGAGCUAUUUAUUAAUCUGCGAAACCCAAUCUCUUAGCUGCCCAUGAUAUCUAGGAGGGGGUAGUAUUUGUUUUAAAGAAGCGUUGUCAAAAAAAACAAAAAAGAAGCAUUGUUUCCUUGGGAGGGCAAUUUCUGUCUGGACUUUGAAGGGGGCGUAGUUACCACACAUUACUAUCCCCACCGCCGCCACUUCUUUACCUCUCUCCCAGCUUUUGAUAAAAGAUGACAUCAGAUCUUGAGGCAGUCGGGUCACAAUUCUUGAGAAUGCUUAUACCCCAGGGGCGUUUCCUGCUCUAGUCCUGUUUUUCCAGUUGAGUAUUGGCGUUUCCCUGAGGCUUGCUCACGGACAUGUCUGAUUGAAGACUAAGGAUGGUUGAUACAAGUCAUUACUGUCACCUUUCCCACCCUCUGUAAUUUACAUUUCUUUCUCUGGGCUGGUCCUGGAAGUUGACACCUUUUGGCAAAGCUUAGAUUUAGGAGAAGUAUUUCAAGUCCCUGUUCAGAUGAUCUGUGGUUUCUCUUUGCUUCCUCUGCCUGCAGCCCUGGCAGACCAUACUGUCUGGAUCCCCAAUGGAAAAUAGUACUGAGAUGAAACACAUUCCUGGGGUAUUUAAACUCUCUCUCUGCCACCUUUGUAAGAGUGGGAGGCUGGCAGAGAGAUGCUGCAGUGCUUGAUAAUCGUUUGGCCCCAUUGAAAUUUCCAAAGGGAGCUCUUGCCGGUGCUUAAACCCCAAAUUCCUGAACACCUGAGAUUGCAUGAAUCUAGCACAGAAUAUCCAUUCUUGCCCCAAUGUACCCCCUUCGUCUCCAUCUUAAUCUUUAAAACAAAACAAAAAACCCAAGCCCAGGCCAAGGGUCAUUUUUACUUGAAACCAGGAGAGUGGGGGAGUAACACGAGAGAUGAGGGGCAAGCUGUGUGGUGAGGCAUCCUGCUCCUGUUGUGUGUUCCAAUCACUGAGGACUGUGAGCCAGUGCCUUUCCUUCGCCUGGAGAUGGAGCCCAUCUCUUGCCACCUGGGUGAGGAGACCCUCUGCUACCCAGUGGCGAACCUUAAAGAGGGUGUCUUGGAGAGCCCAGAGGACACUCACAUUUUUCGGGUGUCCAUUUUAAGCAUCUUUAAAAUGUUUUAUAUAUAUUAAAAAAAAAAAAAUGUUCUUCCCUGUCGUUGUGCCACCAGUGCCCCAGUUCCAUCCAUUCUGAAUGGAAAAACAGAGACUGCCAGUACUUUCCUUGGUCUUCCCUUCGUCUCCCUUAAUGUGGGUAUCCCCUUACCCGGCCUGUCCAUUUCACUGUCGUGGAUGGAGAACAGAGGGCACCACGCAGUCCUGAGGCAGUCCUGUGUGACUCCGUGAUCAGGUUUUUGUUUCUUGUUUUUCUAACUGUCCUUCCAAACCAGCAAGUGUUUGGAAAUUAGGGGGAAAGUUAAAUUCUCACCAAUGGUUGCUGUUACACUUGAAUCAAUAAAGAUCUUGAGUAUCA